AUGUACCAGCGAAACGAGUUGCCGAUGAACGCAAUCGCGUCCGUCGGUCAACAGUUUCUUUCUAAACACCGCAUCGUGCACCUCGACUUGAAGGGCGCAGCACCAAAGCUGCACUUCAUCAAAGAGUUCUUCCGGUUCAUCGCCCGCUUUAACGCCACCGGAGUGCUCAUCGAAUGGGAGAACAUGUUUCCGUUCAAAGGUGAGUUGGCGGUGGUUCGCAGCAAGGAUGCGUACUCAGAAGCCGAUGUGCGGCAGAUGCAGCAGUGGGCAAGCGAUUUUCGGCUCGAAAUCAUACCUCUCGUACAGACAGUGGGGCAUCUCGAAUGGAUUCUCAAGCAUCCGACGUUCAGGCAGCUCCGUGAGGACGACCGUUAUCCGCAGGUGAUCUGCCUGUCGAAUCCACAGGCCAUGCGACUCGUCAAGAUGGCCAUCGACCAGGUGAUGGACCUGCAGAGCGACGUCAUCACCUACUUUCACAUAGGCGCUGAUGAAGCUUUUCAAGUAAGAGCUAACUGUUCGUACGAGACCGACCGAUCGACCGCAGUCUUCAACGCUGUAAUUGACAUUGCGGACUACGUUAAAGUAAAAUACAAUAAAAAGAUACUGAUGUGGCACGACAUGCUACAAAACAUCGACCCAUCGGUAAUGAAGGAGUAUAACCUGGGCAAUCUCGUCGAACCAGUGGUAUGGGCAUAUGCCGAGUCGCUGGACGAGUAUUUGCUUCCCGAAGUUUGGAGUCACUUUCGUGAAGUGUUUCCGUUCAUAUGGGGUGCGUCCGCUUUCAAAGGGGCUGACGGUGCCAACCGGUAUCAUUCGAAUAUAGUACAUUAUCUGCAGAAUCAUAUUUCAUGGAUUUCGCAGAUGAACCGCGAACAUUCCAAAUUCGAAGAAUUCCGGGGCAUUUUUUUGACCGGGUGGCAACGUUACGAUCACUUUGGUGUUCUGUGUGAAUUGUUAGUCGUUGGAAUGCCAUCUCUGGCCGUCAAUCUGCUUACCCUGCAAAGGGGUUUCUAUGAUUCUCGUAUCGACGUGGAAAUCGGCAAGUUGUUGAAUUGCAAGACGCCAUUCCGGGUCAGCGAAACCGUUAACGACUGCGAUUUCCCCGGCUCCACCAUUUACUAUAAUAUCCAAGCGUUCUACAUCACUCAAUCCAGGCUGACCGAGGACCUUUACGAAGACCAUGCAAGGCGCGGUUGGCUGGGCCAGAUGAACCUCUAUUAUAAUUACAGUUCUCCGUGGUAUUUGAACCAGUUGUUGGACAAGUCUCGUGGCUACGUUUCUGCCUUGAAGGAAAACGCCAAUGGGCUGGAGGCCAGUCUGCCAACCGUGUAUUUUCCGGACACCGUCACCGAGUUUAUGUUCGAGUACAUUGACCCGGUACUGAACCGGCUUUAUAAGAUGGUCAACGCCCUUUAUUUUCUUCUUCCUCGACUGUGUACAUAUGAUUUCAAUUGUCGUUGUGUCGCCUAA